UUAACAGAAUGUUUUCAUGAUGAAUACAAAGAAGAAACAGAGAGUAUUACAUCCAAGAACUUCCCUGUUGGCUAUCCAGCUAACUGGUGUGCACAAUGGUACAUCACUGCUAGAAAAGGGGAGAUCAUUACCUUAAGCAUCUACUUAGACAUAGAGGUGGGAGAUGAUUCGAGAUGUAAUAGGGACUCGUUGACCAUCGGACCGGAGCCACUUAAACAGUACUGUGGAAGAAACAAACAAUUAGUGUACAUUUCAAACAUUUCUCAUGUGUGGCUAAAGUUUAACAGUGAUGGUAUUGUGUCUGGAAAAGGAUUCCAAAUUAACUAUAUAAGGGGUCCUGCUCAAGCAAAAUUCUGUAAGGAUGAUCAGUUCCAUUGUAAGAAUGGAAAGUGUAUACCACUGAAUAAGUGGUUGUGUAAUGGACUGGAUGAAUGUGGUGACGGAAGUGAUGAAAAUGAUGCAAUAUGUCACUCAGCCACUGCAAUGCCUACAGCAACACCAUCCAUUGUUUGUAGAGAAGAAUUUUUUCCAUGUUAUUCCAAUCUAAGUGAAGCUUUCAUUUGUCUACCAAGAGCUAAGAAGUGUGAUGGCAUUUCUGACUGUUAUGGAGGGAUAGAUGAAAAGAACUGCAGUAUAAACUGUAAUAAACACAUUCACAGUGAGGUUGGAUACAUCACCUCCCCCCUCUACCCUAGAGACUACCCCCCUCACAUGGACUGUAAAUGGACGAUUCACAUGCAGAACCCCACUGAUCGGAUUCAGCUGCGACUCAUUGAGUUUGCGGUCCAGGCUAAUGAGAAUACGGAUUACGUCAUGGUGUAUGAUGGGAAGGAUGAGGAGAAUGACCGAGUUCUGGGCACAUUUUAUGGAGGUCUAGUCCCACCUCCCAAAUUAGAAUCUACCUCUAACUGGAUGACCAUUGUAUUCCAUUCAGAUAACAGCUUUUCUGAGAAAGGCUUUAAUUUUUCUUAUCAGAUAAAAGGUUUUUGCCUUAAAAAUCAAAGUCCAUGUGGCCAUGGGGAAGAUGACUGCUUUGAUAAAGAUGAGAAGUGCAAUGGCAUUUGGGACUGCAAGGAAAUGGGUGGUGAUGAACUUCACUGUGGAAACUGUAACGUGCUGUAUAGCUGUGGUUCUGGCAGUUCUCAGUGUUAUCCAAAAAGUCAUCGCUGUAAUGGAGUGGGGUUCUGUACCAACAAAAUGGACGAAAAGAAUUGCUCUCCACAACAGUGUGGUACACAUAAUGGAACCUUCCUAUGUCAAAACAAGAACUGUAUUUAUGAGGCCUGGGUCUGUGAUAAAACGGAUGACUGUGGAGAUCAAAGUGAUGAAAUGAACUGCAGCAAGACAACCAAUUUAAUCAUCAUUGCAGCUGUCUCUGGAUCUCUGAUCUGUGGGUUGCUCUUGGUGGUUGCACUAGGUUGCACCUGUAAGUUGUAUAAUUUAAGACAGCAACAACUUCAUGGUCCUAGACAUGAAACUCCGCUGUCUCGAGUUUACGCAGAAUUCAUGAGGAGAAGGGCUCCUCCACCAUACCAUGAGGCCAUGUUGACCUCACGACCUUAUGAGGAGGCUAGAAGAGAAUACAUGGAAAGGAUUAAUCAGUCAGAGGGUCAAGGGUCAAGGUCAUCUGAUCGAAGGUCAAGGCGACAGAGGAGGAGAAAUGGACGCAAUCAAAAUCUUCCUAAUCACAACACAGAAACAAGUAACGAUCUUACACAAAAUGUAAAUGAAGAGAACAUAGGUGCUAAUACAUCUGACACUGUGAGUACUAUAGCUGAGGAAACAGUGAAUAGUACACAUUCUAACAUUGGAAGGCAUUCCUCCAGAACUGCUCUCAUUCCUAGUGACAGUUCCUCAGAUUCAGAAAGUGAACUGGGAUCACCCACUGCUGACUCAGUCAGAGUUCAUUUUUCAGAGGACAGUGGGAUAUCAGCCCAAUUCCAUAGAAGGAGCUCUCCUGGAAAGGAGGUAGAAGAAGGUCAAAGUUCAUCAAGUAUUCCAAUAAACAGUCCCACUACUGGUCCCGACAUCAGUAGUCUAGACAACACCACCAUAGCAUCCUGUGAUAGUGUCGAACCUCCUCAAGAGGAGGAUAAAAAUAAACCAAGGGACAUAAGCAGUGCUCUUACUCCCCUAGAAAACCCUCCCUCCAAUUCCACUUGUGCUUUAUUUAUUCCAGAAAACGGUCAAAACCAGGGAAGUGUGGAUAGAGGCAGACGGAAUUCAGCAGGCUCAUUGGAUUCCACUGGAUCUGAAAAUCCUUGGGGGGAUUUCACUCAUUCUGAAUCUGUUUAAUGCAUAUCAGAUUGUCUACCGUAGUUAGCGCUUGAUCUAUCAAAUUAAAAGUGAAAAGUUGUUGACUAUUACAUAUUAUGUUAUAAUAUGGUUGUCUUUUUUUGUAAUAGAUUGCACUUACAUGUGUAAUAAUGUACUGUAAACCAGCUAUUGUUUGUGUCAUCUUUUAUUCACAAUUUGUCAGUUUGAAAUCAAUUAUUUUUCGACUGAAGAAACAUUCUUUACAAAUACCAAGCAAAAUAAAUGGUUCGCGGAGAUGACAGUAAGGAGUUAAAGUAAUUCACGAAACUUGUAAAUUUUUGUGGCACACAAAUAAAACUUGGUUUACAGUAUUUAAGAGUCUUAUUCUAUUUAAAAUCAAUUUUUUUUUUUUUUUUUUUUUUUUUUACAUUUUUUAAUGUAUAAAAAGUUAUUUGUUUUGUUAACAGUAAUUUUUCAAAUUUUAAGUGUGCAAGGAAUACAUAAAUCAGAAAGGUUGUUGUCAGUUACUGCAUUAAAUCAUUCUCUUAUACAAUACAUUGUACAUGUUUUUAGUAUAAAUUAAUACAAUUAAAGAUUAUUUGAUUAAAUGCAUUCAUUUAAUUUAAAAAAAAAACAUUUUUUAUAUUAAGAGAUUGAAAUUUUCAUUUUUGUGGAAUCAUUUGAUAAAUACAUAAUUAAAGUUAAAAUUCAUUAGACAUGGCAGAAAGUCUGAAAGAAUUAUUUAAAACAGUCAAUAAAAUUGCUGUUCAUUUCAUAAAAAAAAAUAGAGAUGAUGCAUUAUUUUUAAGCAUUUCAUGUUAUUGUGAGGUUAUUGACUGGCAUUUUACAUGUUAAUGUUUUAUCUAAUAGAUAUACAUGUAUAUGUAAACAGCUUUUAAUUAAAGGUAUAAAGUGUUAAAGUUUUGGAAGAAAUGCAUAUCAAUCAAAAAUAGAUUUUAAAUGGCUUAUGUGCUUGUGAAACUAUUAAUUACCAAAAUUACAGGUUCCAGUAUUUGGAACAAAUCUAUUCAUUCCAAAAUUUUGGAAUAAAAUUGUUAUUCCUAUGGAAAUUAAAAAAAAACCUGUUAUGCUUGAAUUGCAGUUUUAGAAGAUGAAAUUAUGUGAUAUGUAAUUGUGUGGGUUUCUUUUUUAUGUUUCCUUGAUUUUAAACAGUAAAACAGAUAUUUGGUGCAAGAAUAUUGACAUAUUUUUCAGCACUUGUAUACUGCAUAAAUGAGAUUUUGAAUAUGAUAAAACAAUGUAUAAAUUUCUUGAAAGAAAAUGUACAACAUUUGACAACUUUUUUGAGAAUUCAGUAUUGCACUUGUUGGACAGUUUGCUUUGUGUUUAUUAUCAAUUCAAAUUUAACAGCCAAAAAUUUAGAUUCAAGUUUUAUGCUUUUAGGCCUAAAUUAUCUACUGAGUUUUGCAAGCAGAGAUUUUAUUAUUACUUGUCAACUUGCUACAAUCAUGUAAUAAAUUGCUCUCUUAUUGCAAAAGUAAUCCGAAUUUGGUAACUUAUUUAUAAGCAAAUUUUUGUCUGCAAAACUCACUAUGUACAUGUGUAACAAAUAAAUGUUGCUUCUAAAAAUGUAAAGCUAAAAAUAUGUUGAGCCUUUAGAUUAAUUUAUUUAAAGCCCUAAUUGAUAUUAAUGCACAUACAUCAUCAUCUUUGCUAGCCAAGGAUUCUAAUCUGCUCUUUGUUUUUUUUAACAUGUAUAACUUGGUAAACAGAGCUUAGAAUUCAUUGAUAAUAGAUCUGAAGUAAAAGAAAGUUAUAAUUAAAGCUACUGCAAUUUAUA